AUGACUUUUCCUCACUUCGAGCUGACCUAUGCGGAAUGGGCUGAUCUCCGCAAUAUCCUCAAGUCUGACGACCCCGUUGUCAUUGAUGGACAGAGCUUGACGAUCGCUGGCGUUGUAGCAAUCGCAUUACAUGGUAAAAAAGCAGCCCUCACUGAUGAUGCCGCCGUCCUUGACCGCGUAAAUGAGAGUGUCCAGUUUCUGGAAACACAGCUGGACAGAGGUCAUACCGUCUAUGGCGUGACUACUGGCUUUGGAGGCAGCGCCGACACUCGCACCGAUAAGGUGAAGAGUUUGCAGGUCGCCUUGCAACAGCACCAGAAUAGUGGAAUCUUGCUCCCAUCCGACAAAGGCCUGCCCAGCGACACGGCGGCACAGGCCAAUGGCCUUAGAGGACAUGCACUACCUGUUCCCAUCGUGAAAGCUAUGAUGCUUAUUCGCUGCAAUUCUCUCAUUCGAGGCCAUUCUGGUGUUCGUCUAGCACUGGUCAAGAAUACAUUGACUCUCUUGAACCACGAUAUGUCGCCCGUUGUACCUCUUCGUGGUAGCAUUUCGGCAUCUGGCGACCUCAUGCCUCUUUCGUACAUUGUUGGCAUGCUCGAAGGCAGUCCUGAUAUUUAUAUUCAUGUCGGCGACGAACAAAACCCGACUUUCCUCCCGGCCUACAAAGCUCUCGAGGCAACAGGUCUUCAACCAAUCUCCUUACAGGCCAAAGAAGGUCUAGGUAUGGUCAAUGGCACAGCUACUAGUUGCGCAGCAGGUUGUCUCGCCAUUUAUGAAGCACAGCAACUCGCUGUCCUGGCUCAGCUACUCACCGCUACCGGCACAGAGGCUAUGCUUGGUACUGCUCAUAAUUAUCAUCCAUUUAUCUCCGAGACUCGCCCGCAUGUGGGUCAGAUUGAGGCUGCUGCAAAUAUUAGUGCCUACAUCUCAGGUUCCAGUCUUGCGCCUGGCAAACAUCCCGAGACAAUUGGCCUUGCUCAAGACCGCUAUUCUCUUCGCACCGCCCCUCAAUGGAUUGGACCUCAACUGGAAGACCUCACCCUGGCACAUCGUCAAGUCCAAGCCGAAGUCAAUUCAACGACUGACAACCCACUUAUCGAUGCAAAGAAUGGCUUGGUACAUCAUGGAGGAAAUUUCCAAGCUGUGUGUAUUACCUCUUCAAUGGAGAAAACUCGUUCGUCCCUGCAGAUGAUUGGUAAACUACUGUUCGCCCAAUGCACGGAGCUCGUCAACAGCCAGAUGAAUAGGGGCCUUCCCCCGAAUCUUUGCGCUGACGAUCCGAGCGUGUCCUACACCUGCAAAGGGCUUGAUAUCAAUAUGGCUGCAUACAUGUCCGAACUUGCCUACCUUGCUCACUCGGUCAGCUCCCAUGUACAGUCUGCGGAAAUGCACAACCAAGCCGUCAACUCGCUCGCUUUGAUAGCAGCACGUUACACUCUGGAGGCAGUGGAAAUUGUGUCUAUGAUGACAGCAACGUAUAUUUACAUAUUGUGUCAAGCACUUGACUUGCGGUGUCUCCAUCUUGAAUUCGUCAAAGUUGCGCGACCUAAAAUUACCGGGCUCCUACACAAAUAUUUCGGCUCAAGCAUGAUUGAAGAGUCUUUCAACGAGUUCUCUAAUCGAACUCUGAAGUUUCUCCUAGAAAAGUGGUUGAAUCUGUCGCAUCUUGAUCUCGAAUCCCGCUGUAAAGCUACAAUAAAGGAGUCACUGGCAGACUUGACAUCUGCCUGUAUUUCAGAUUUUUCAGAAUUGCGCAGAAAACCAGACAUCCUGGGUGAUAUCGAGAGAUAUCAUCAAGCAGCAGCCGAGACUUUGGGGUCGACUUACAGUACCACUCGUGAGGUUUUUUUCAACCACCAGACCACCGCUUCCCACAUAAGCCCAGCAUCUGCAAAGUUAUACCACUUUGUCCGCAAAGAGCUCAAGGUUCCUUUCCAUCGCGGUCUUGCUGAUCAUCCAACCAUACAUGAUCCCAGUUUGAUGAAUGGUGAUAGGGACCUGGGACCUGACAAGAAUCUCGGCUCACUGGUGAGUGAGAUUUACCUAGCUGUUAGGAAUGGUAGGUUGCAUGACCUGGUCAUGAAUUUGGAUAAGAGCCAGAAAUAA